AUGCUCCUUUCUCGUGCUUUAAAACCACUUUCAUUUUACAGAUCAAUUGCAACAAAAAUGGCCAAAAUUGAGUGGGCUGUGACUAUCUUUGACAAGCCAGGUGCUGACAGAACAGCCGUGCGUCCUCGCCAUGUGGCUGCCAUUCCAGACGCCGUCAACGCCGGUGUGUUCACCGCUGCCGGUGCCAUCUACAAGGAUGUGGAGAAAACCCAAUUUGCUGGCUCCACGUUUCACAUGAUGGCCGAGUCCAAGGAGGAAAUUGCCGAGAUCUUGAAGAAAGAUAUUUAUUACGAGGAGGGGAUCUGGGACAUCGACUCGAUUGUGGCCUACCCUGCUGGAAUCGCUGUGCGUAUUGCCAAGCCCAUGGCUGGUGUUAAGAUCUAG